UGCAAGAAGUUAAGGCAUUGUCAUUGUGCAUAUAAGACGGCAUCACUUCUCCACCGCAUACGCCUUUGGAGUUCGAAUGGCAGCAGCUUCGGCAAAAACAACAUGUGGAGGAAGCUCAUAUAUUGCUUCGAGCGGGUCCUUUCGCGAGCUAAUUGUUUUGGUCUGGGUAUCACGCCGUCUGGCCUGGGCUCUGUUUCUUCGUAUCGUGGUUGAGUGAUUUAGGAAGUCUAUAUAAGUGUAUGAGAGUCCCUCGAGUACCUUGCAAGUAGACGCUUCCACCGACACCAUAAUGAGAGUUUCUACGUAUCUCGCUGCACUUGCAACAGCUGCUUGUGCUAGUGCCAAAGUCUGGGGCAACUCUACCACUGCUGGCUCAGUCACUUUUGACAACAACAGAAAAUUGCUGUUUGAUACCGAUGGCAAUCAGAUCGAUGCUGUUGGAGCUAAGAUCAAUGAAUUCGGUGGCAGAUAUUAUCUCUAUGGCAAUUCUGUUUCUCAAAAAGAUGCCUUUUAUGGAAUCAAGAGCUACUCUUCUAACGACUUGCUGAACUGGCAAUACGAGGGCUACCUCUUCGAUAUCGAUGAUGGAAAGAACCCAUGCACUGGAUCAGGAGGCUGUGGUCGUCCUCAUAUCAUCUACAACCAGAAUGCCUCUACUUACAUUCUAUGGGCAAAUGCCGGCUCUGUAGGCUACCAAGUCGCAACCUCGGACUCGCCAACCGGACCUUUCGUCUUCCAAUCAUCUCCUGCGAUGAUUGACCCUCAAUUCGAUGGCUUGCAACCUGCAGAUCAUGCCGUCGAGAUUAUCGACGGAAAGGGCUACCUUGUCUUCUCAGCCCUGAAUUUCCGCGACCCUAGAGCUGGCAGCUUGUUCCCUCAAGUCUACCAGACCCUCCAUAUCAGCGAAUUGACAGACGAUUUCCUCAAUACCACUGGUGUCAGUUAUCCGGUCGCUUCCAACGCCACUGCAGAGCUGGACUUUGUCGACCAACAAGCCGAAUCGCCUGAUAUCUUCAAGCGUGGAGACUACUUUUAUAUUGGCGGUAGCAACACCUGCGGUUACUGCAAUGGCACUUUGGCAUUGCUUUACCGCAGUGAAUCGAUCCAGGGACCUUGGACUCGUCAGAUUCUGGCUGGGUAUGGAUGUAACAGUCAAUUCGAGGGUGUUACUCCUCUUACUGAUCCUAAUACCGGAGAGACCACGUAUUUGUGGUCUGGCACUUCUGUGCCUGGAGGAGAUCCGCGUGUUGGAUUCAGUGGUCAUAUUUACCAGCCUCUUGAAUUCAAUGCCGAUGGUAGUGUCCAAGAUCUGGAUUGUUCCAUUGAUGCUGAGUUUACUGUUGCGUUCCCGAAGAGUAACAGCACGACUGCUACUGGCAACGCGACGGAAGCUGGUGAUGCAUCGCCCGCUCUUGCUGUUUACAGCCCUGUUUGCGACUCUGACUUCUUCACUCUUUACCAGACUUGGCCUGCUUCCCAAGACGGCACUAUCGAGAGUGUUUCGCUCAAUGUGGCUCGUGGGCACCAGGAAGCUGCUCUCUCGUUGACUUUGUUCAAGUUCAGCUCUCACGAGGACCUUUUGACUCCUGGAUACAAGUGGACGCAGCUGGGCACGGCAUCCUUCUUUGCCAACCAGACGACAUGGGUAUUCGAUACCGUUACUGUGCCCGUAAGCACCAAUGGUACUGUUUCCAAGGGAGAAUUCCUCGGCGUCUCUAUCGCAGGCUUCGAUGUUUCACCAUGGUGUCAUCUCGAGUACGAUGGUGCUGAUGAAGAUUACAUCUUGUAUGCCCAAGGAGGUGGCCAGUACUCUCUGCGUGGCGCACAAGGCAAGACGUCGCCUGUUUACCAGCGCGUCGGCAAGAGUGUCAAGUUCUUCGCAACUUACGCGUAAACGGUCAAAGGAAUAGAGAGUCUGUUAUGGCACAUAGAAGGCGAGCCCUGUAAAUGAUAUCGCCUAAAAAGAUAUGUUCAAUCCUCCUGAUCCAGUUCGAAAUUGGAAGUAAUGUUUCAGUCUCCUCGGACCAAAUCGAUUUGUUGAAUGAAGACGCGGCAUGCGGCUCAAGAUUCAAGAUGG